AGGCUGUAUGAUGAGCUCAAGAGGGAAUUGUACACAUGGGAUACAGUCCCUGCAGGAGAUGUCAACCCAGUGACUUCAUUCACUAAUGAUCCUCUCUGAUCUUUGACGUCCCCGCUCAGAGCACGCUUUCCCACCUGAGGAGUCUGUUUCCAGAGUUUCUCUCCCCUCGCAGACGGACCGAGUCAACUGGACAACAUGUCCGAGCUCAGCUCCAAAAAACAAGGAUUUAAAAAAUGCCGGAGUGCCACUUUCAGCAUUGAUGGCUUCAGCUUCACUAUUUUGGCGAAUGAAACCGGAGAGAGCAGUGCGAGACCUCUGGCGCGAUUCGCACGUUCCAAGUCCCAGAAUGCCUUGUGGAACGCCAUCACAGCAGGCAUCGGGAUCAAGGACAAGGACAAGCGGGGCAUCCUGAUUGACCCGCGGAGCCCGGAGGAGAUUCUAGCUGACGACCUGCCCUCUGUCGACAGUCCUGAUGCCAUGGAGAAGACCGCCAUCAGGCUCAGAUGUUUGGUGAAACAGCUGGAGAGAGGUGAGGCUUCUGUUGUUGACUUGAAGAAAAACCUAGAAUAUGCUGCAUCCGUUUUGGAAUCCGUCUACAUUGAAGAAACCAGGCGCUUGGUGGAUACAGAAGAUGAGCUCAGUGACAUCCAGUCCGACUCUGUUCCCUCAGAAGUGCGCGACUGGCUGGCGUCAACUUUCACACGUCAGAUGGGGCUGAUGUUGAGACGGUCGGAGGAGAAGCCGCGAUUUCGCAGCAUCGUGCACGCUGUGCAAGCAGGAAUAUUUGUGGAAAGGAUGUACCGACGGACCUCCAACAUGGUGGGUCUGAGCUAUCCACCCAGUGUGAUCACGGCUUUGAAGCAUGUGGACACAUGGUCAUUUGACGUCUUCACACUGAACGAUGCCAGCGGAGAUCAUGCACUGAAAUUUAUUUUUUAUGAACUUCUCACCAGAUAUGACAUAAUCAAUCGCUUUAAGAUCCCCGUUUCUGCUCUGGUGUCUUUUGUGGAGGCCUUGGAGGUGGGCUACGGCAAAUACAGAAACCCUUACCACAACCUAAUCCACGCUGCAGACGUCACCCAGACAGUGCAUUACCUCCUGCUCAAGACCGGCAUGGUUCACUGGUUAACUGAGUUGGAGAUCUUUGCUAUGCUGUUUGCCGCUGCUGUGCAUGAUUACGAACACACCGGCACUACCAACAACUUCCACAUACAGACCAGAUCCGACGCAGCCAUACUAUACAAUGACCGUGCUGUACAGGAAAACCACCACGUGAGCGCUGCAUAUCGCCUUCUGCAGGAAGACGAUGAAAUGAACAUCCUCCACAAUUUGUCGAAAGAUGACUGGAGAGAAUUGCGGGCCCUGGUGGUCGAGAUGGUCCUGGCCACUGACAUGUCCUGUCACUUCCAGCAGAUUAAAGCCAUGAAGAACUUCCUCCAGCAGCCAGAAGCGAUCGAUAAACCCAAGGCCUUAUCCCUGUUACUGCACACCGCUGACAUCAGCCACCCUGCCAAAAACUGGAACAUGCACCACCGCUGGACCACCUCACUGCUGGAGGAGUUCUUCAGACAGGGCGAUAAGGAGGCAGAGCUCGGGCUUCCUUUUUCUCCUUUAUGUGACCGCAAGUCUACCAUGGUGGCCCAGUCUCAGAUCGGUUUCAUUGAUUUCAUCGUGGAGCCCACCUUCACUGUGCUGACAGACAUGAUUGAGAAAAUCGUGACUCCGCUGAUCGAAGAAGCCUCACCCUCCGGCCUGACUGGAUUCAGACGGUCCAGUCUGAAUAACAUCCCGUCGGACAGUAAACGGUCUGCAGUGAGAAGCACUGGUUCGGAGGGCGGCACUUCCAUGCACUGCUCCGUGAGCGCUGUCGAUUUUAAGACCUUCAAAAGCACCUGGAAUGAGGAAGUGCAUAAAAACAGAGAAAAAUGGAAAGCACAAGCAGCAAAAGAUCUGGAAGAGAAGGCCAAACAGGAAGAGAACGAGGAGAAAGCUCCUAAAACCGACACAGACACACAAAGCAGUGACAGCAAAGGCGAUAAUACUAAAAAAGAAGACAGAAUCAACACGGACUCAAGUGUGAAAUCUCAAGACAAACGAAAGGAAGACACAAGACGAGAGAAGGAUUCAAAGAGAGAUCGAGAAGCUACAGGCGAUAACAAGGAGCCCAGAGAGGAAGAGGGUAAUAAAGACCCAGGGGGGUUGAACGGGGCUCAAACACCGGCGUCUGACACCAAAGAGCCCGAGACCUGCAGUGACACGGACAAUAGCAAAAGAGCACACAAUGGGAACGAGGAACUGAACUCACCUGACAGUGACGACAGUGAAAGCAAGAGAUCGGACGAAUUGAAUGUAAAAUGGGAAUCAGCCUCUAUGAGCAGGAGAGCUACAUUCAUUUCCCCUCAUCAGGACAGAAAAACCCAUGACUCAGAAGACGAGCACAGUAACUGUGGGAUCUCCCCCUCUUCACUGGCAGACAGUGCAGCCGCUGCAUCUGCGCCUGAUGCAAACUAACAGCACUCCAAAUCCUGUACUAUGCUGUCACCUGGAUGCACUCCUGGUUUUAGUUCAGAGAUACACAAAACCAUAUAGGACUGAGACUUUGGCAUGAGACGGAUGUAAAUCCUUGCAUCCAUGCAAUGUAAAAAGUCAUGCGUGGUGCCGCGGUGGCUUUUGGAAACUGUUGGCACCAAAGCCACACGCAUGAAGAUGAAAUGUGUCCCGUGUCAAGUCGAUGGAGACCUACCCAGCUGAUGAUCUUCCCUCGGGGACAACGUGACAUCUGCUGACCACUCAAGCGCCAAACCAGCACAGACAGCGAGCCGAGAACUUCAAAGAACUCCAGUCCCUCAGAGCGGCAAAGAAUGUCUGCAGAACUGCUGUUCAUUUACCUCUUAUUUUUAUUUGUUAGUCGUAAAUUUGAUGUUGCUGUCGUCCGUGUUUGUUCUUUUUUCUGUGUAUGAUACUGUACAGUUUCCAUCAUGUGAGUCUUCUGUGCAUAUGCUUUCAGGAGCUUCUUGAUAUCAAAUGGUGUAUGUGAUUGAGGGUUUGAUUGUUAGUAUAAUGGCCCAUAAUCCUUCAAUUCAAAAGUCCAUUUGAACAUAGAAGAUUUUUUCACAAAUAGUUUUGACAUUUUGACAACUAUUCAAAUGAUUUUGUUAUAUGUGAUUUGCACAACAUAUAUCUAUGUUAGCUAGAUAUAAUGAAAUUAGGAAAAAAAUGAAAGCUUAUACACAGUGGUCCAAAAGCCUGAGGUCACAUUGAAAAUUAUGGGUUUUCUUGGAAAAAAAUAAAUAAAGAUUUAAUAUAUCAAAAUGCAUGUUAAGUUAUGAUGUAAAAUUAUACAUACAUAUAUAUAAUUAGUAAACAUUAAUGUACAUUUUUCUAAUUCUCACUCAUAUCUUAUUUUAUUACUCUUAUUUUAUAUAUUACAUUUUGUAUAUUAUCUUUUUUUUUUAUUACGCAUUUUCUUUUUUUGCAUUAAAUUGGAAAAAUACCUAAUUAGCCUCAGAUUUUUGGAGCACACUAUACUGAUUAAAGGAAUAAUUCAUCCAAAAAUGAAAAUGUACACUCACAAGCCAUCUAAGAUGUAGAUGAUUUUUCUUUCUUCAUUGGAACAGAUUUGGCGAAAUGUCAUUGCAUCACUUGCUCUCCAAUGAAUCAUCUGCAGUGAAUGGGUGCCGUCAGAAUGAGAGUCCAAACAGCUGAUAAAAACAUCACAAUAAUCCACACAAAUCCUUCAAUGAAUGUCUUGUGAAGUAAAAAGCUCCAUGUUUGUAGGAAGUCCAUCAUUGAGGCAUUAUAACUGUAGUUUAAUUCUCAUUCUGACGGCACCCAUUCACUGCAGAGGAUCCAUUGGUGAGCAAAUGAUGUAAUGCUACAGGUCUCCAAAUUUGUUCAGAUGACAAAACAAACUCAUCUAUAUCUUAGAUGGUUUGAGGGCGAGUACAUUUUUAGCACAUUUUUAUUUUUUUAUGUGAACUCUUUCUUUACAAUUAACAAAGGUACAGCUCCCCUUUUUUAAAAAAAACAAAUGAUAUCUGAUUAUCUGUGUUAUUAUAAACCAAAUCUGAUGGGCCAGUUUCUCUCUUAAACCUCUGCAGAGAUUGUCAGCUGUUCAAGAUCUUAUAAUGCAGUAAAUGUAAUUAUUUUCACAUUAGGUUGUGUUUUGAAUUUUCUUCUAUUUUUAUAUUUAAUGUAUAUAAAAGAGUAUAUUAUUUAUGAAGUGUUUAUAGGGAAAUUUGGUAUGAGCAAUGAACAAUAUUAAUCGUAGGAAGGUGUACUAAUCAUGCUUACUCAAAUCUCGGAGAGAAUUAUUAUCUUAUUUUUGUUUUUCAAUCUGGUAAAUGAGGAAUUUUAAAAGCACAUUUUAGCAUGAGCAUCUUGAUCAGUCAGAUGCUGCGUGCUGUUAUUACAUUUUAGUUCAUCAUGCUAGCGAGGUAUCCGUGUAAAAACUGAGUAUAAUGCACCUAUCCAUGAGAAUCUUUUCAUACAUAAAUUGUAAAAUGUAGGAAAAAAAAGGCUUCUUGUAAAUAUGCAGCAAAAUCCAGCGCAAAAUCCAGCUGUUGCCUCAACCAAAGAUGAAUAUAAUGUCUGUGCCUCAUUUAUUUGGAGGUCAUCGCAAGCCAUCAUUCAUGCAUGCUUCAUAUGAGUCAUUGGUUGGAAAGCAAGAAAGAAAGAUAAAGAAGGAAAAAUUGUUGCCUUAUUAUUAUUAAUUACAAAUCCUUGAGAAUUAUUCUCUGUUGUCAUUCAUAGAAUAUUUGUGUCCAUCUUCCUGUUUAGUCAUCCUCCUCUGACUCGGUUCUGAGUCACGACACAUAUCUUGAGCUUUCUUUUUGUCUGUGCUUAUGUCAACGUUUUUCUUCGUAUCUGAGAGACACUGAAGUGAUUUCAUCAUUUUUAUUUUACUGGAGAGUUGUGAAUGUCAGCAUGUUGCCCUUCUCAGCUCCGAGGCUGAUACUGUUGACUGAGACUGAGACUGAUACUGUGCCAUUAUAAAAUGUUCUGAAUAUUAUAGUGAUAUUUUGUUUUAUUCAUUUUUUUUUUAUUGCCCCUCCUUUCCUAUUAAAUUUCCAUGAGCAGAGCAGAGUUGGUGACUUACUGCAAAUAUCAUUUUCUCCAGCAAAAAAUCUAAACAUUAUUAAAAUAAGCCAUAUAUAUAUAUAUAUAUAUAUAUAUAUAUACAUCCUCUGAAAACAAACCUUGUUCAGUUAAUUAAGAAUGUUUUGAUGGAAAUCAACUUAAUACUGAUUAAAGCUGCAGUAGGUAACUUUUGUAAAAAUAUAUUUUUUACAUAUUUGUUAAACCUGGCAUUAUGUCCUGACAGUAGAAUAUGAGACAGAUAAUCUGUGAAAAAAUCAAGCUCCUCUGGCUCCUCCCAGUGGUCCUAUUGCCAUUUGCAGAAAUACAUCGCUCCCGUUAAGAAACAACCAAUCAGAGCUGCGGUCCGUAACUUUGUUUGUGUUCAAAAUGUAGAAAAAUUUAUAUAAUAAGUGAGUACACCAUGAAUCCAUUUCCAAACAUGUUUUUAGCUUUUCCUGAAUCACUAGGGUGCAUCUAUAAUAAGUGUUUAUAUUCUGACUAUUUUAGAUUGCUUCGGGGGUACUGCAGCGGAGUAACCCAGUACCUUUGUGAUUCUUCAUAGACAUCAACAGAGAGAAGUAGUUCCGGCUACGAUGUUCUUCCGCAAGACGCAAGCAGUUCUGUUUAUUAACCACUAGAAAGUCAAAAGUUACCAACUGCAGCUUUAAGAAACCUCUUUGCUGGAUGAACUUUGAGUCCAUACUAAGGUUUCUGACUAUAACAGUUUUUCCUCAAAUCUUGACAUUUCUGAAGAGUCAUUUUUCAACCUCAUGUUUGGCGCAUUUAGGCUCAGAAUGUGAAAUUAUGUAAGUGAGAUGUACAUUUAUAGAAUAUUGAAGUUGAUGAGUAAAUAUGGCACAGUGAGAUUCUGCCUUAAUAAGUGUGUUUUGUUCUGCUUUGUACUAAAUCGUAUUCGGCUCAGUUUAGUACACAUAUGGUUUUGCCAGGAAAUCAAUGUGGUGUGUCAAAACUAAGCUAAUUUUUAUUAAGGGUUAUUUUUUUUAUUUAUUUUUUUUAAAUCCUCAUGUACAACGUAUUUUUCUCGAACAUAAAAGGAGGCUCUGAUCAGCAGUGCACUAGUGGCAUAAAUCAUGUAGUGCUUUACAGCCAUCUGUUGGCUAUCUAGUGUACUGCAUCACUGCAGUCAAACACAUUUUUAGAUCCACACAUUGUUUCUUUAAACUUUUUAUAUUACUUAUACAAAGUAUAAUUUGUCAUGAGAUGUAUUUUUUCUACAUUAAUGUCUGUUGAUCCAUUCGUUACUUUUUUUAUUAAAAAAAAAAAAAAAAAAAAAAAAAAAAAGUAUGGCAGGUGUGGUCAUGUGAUCAUGCUUGUUUUGAUGCUCCUUAAUUGCACUUUUGUGACAAUAAAUCUUUACUCAAAGGGCUCA